AUUAUCGAUUGUCUUUCUAUAUUCCCUAAAUAGCGCCCCCUGGGGGAAUUGAUUUUGUCAGUGAAAAUGGCUUCUUAAUAAUUAUGUUCCUUAAGAUUAAUGACUUAAGUAUUUCACUUAAGUAUUAUUUUUCUGCUUAUUCUUCCGUCAAAAUUGUACAAUUCUAAUUGCAGUAACUGUUUCGAAGUAAACAAAAGUAAUUCAGAUUUGUUGACUUGACAUAAUGGAUGACUCAUUACCUCCCAAAGAACUUCCUUCUUUAGAUUCGAAUUUGCCAGACCAGACUGGGAAUGAUUCAGACCCUGGAACACACUCUACAUCUCCUCAAAGACGAUCUUCUGAGAGUGAAAAUGCUCCUUCUCCAACAUUGCAGGAAUCACAUUUAGAUGGCAGAAAUGCAAAUUCUUCUGAUGAAAAUUCUGAAAAUGAUGAACGAUCGUUAAAUAGAAAUGAGGCUAAUGGUGAUAUUGAUGAUUCUGAAAUAUUGAUACAAAAUCAUGGACAUCUUUCAUCUGGAGUUGUAGCUUUAGAUAAUGAAUCUACUUUUAGUUGCAAAUACCCUGGUUGUAAUUUUACUUCAGUAGAUGCUGAGGUUUAUCUUAAGCACGAAGAUACCCAUGUAGAUGGUGGUGCUGUUCAUUGUGAUAUUUGCAAUUUAAGGUUUCCAUCUUAUGCUAAUAUGAGACGUCAUCAUCUUCAUAUGCACCAAGGUAUUCGUACAUUUGAAUGCCAAUUCUGUUCUAAGCGAUUCCUUCGUAAGGAACAGUUUAUGGAACAUUUGGUUGGACAUUCAAAGCCUAAACCACUUCAGUGCAAUUUCUGUAAUGGUACGUUCAAUUUUCGAGGUCAAUUGAGAUCACAUAUAUCAUCUGAACAUCCAGCUGUCUUUGAUAAAACAUGCCACUUAUGUGAUUUUAAAGCAUCUUCGCCAAAUGCUGUUAAACUUCAUUAUUCUACAUUUCACUUAAAACGGAAUAUGGAGAUAAAUGGCAAUGAUAGACCACAUGAUCUUAUUCGACGAGUUCAUGUUCAUCCUACAGAGAGUGGUGCCAUUGAUUUAGCUACUGUUUCUCAGAAUUUUUCUUUCAUGGCAGCUCAUUACCCAACUUUUACUGCUUCAGCUGGAGAUGCUAAUACAUGUGCAGCAGGUCCAUCUGAUUUAAGUCGGAGAUCAAAGGUUAUUAGUCUGGCUACACCGUAUGAGAUGACGAGGCUUUCUAUUCCUCAAAGUAGCGAUCAAAAUAUAGUAGCUCCUCUGCAAGAGGAGGAUAACAGACAUACUUGUGUGAGUUCUUUGGCUGCUUCAACUACUAUAGUCAGUCCACCUUCAUGCCAAGAUAGGUCUUGCUCCCGGCCAGAAAUUUCUAAUGCCACCAUUAUGUCUCGUGAGUGGGUGCAUAUUAAGCCUGAACCCCCAGAGCUUUCGAUAGAUGACAGUCAAAACAGUAAUGUCCAGCCCACAAGCACAAUGGAUUUAACUACUACAGAUGUUGUUGAAACUACAUGUGUCACAUCUAAUGAGGCUGGUACUUCAGAUGUUCCUUGUAGGAGGAAGAUACACAAACAUUCAUCAACAGAUGAUGGUGCCUCUGAGAGCCGUUACUCUCCUUCUAUCAAGCAUUGUGUUGAAUCUCAGGCUGUGCCACAUACAAAUUUGAAGACUGCUCAUACAUGUAGAUAUCGACCCUAUGAAGAUGGUGGCAGCCAGCGCUGCAAAGAAUAUUCAAGGCACACUUGCCUUUUGCAUCGUCGAAAUGCAGAAAGGAGAGCACGUUAUUCUGACAGUGAUGCUGACAGAAAUGCACAGAAUGAGCAUUCAGAUGAAGAACGCAAAGUGUUUUAUAGUCGUGCGACAUCAACAAAUCAGUUGGGGCCAACUGAAGCGCAUUACACACGAGCAAGCCAUGUAUCUACUCAUCGUAAUGAUAGUACAUCAGAAACUCAAGUGGAGUCCAAUUAUUAUAACCGCAAGAAUACGAUUGUUAUCCGUGAUAUUGAAAGUUGUACUUUGACAUGUGUUUACUGUGGAAUCAUAUUUCCUGAUCAGACAUUGUAUCUUCUGCAUCGCAGUUUGCAUUCGGAAGCAAGCCCUUGGAAAUGUAAUUUAUGUGGUAAAACCUGUAAAGACAAGUAUGACUUCAACUCGCAUGUUAUAAGUAAAGGCCAUUAUUAAAUUUUUUAGCAAUUCAUGACUAAACAGCUCAAAGCAACUUCAUUCUUCGUGAAUCACACUUAAAGGAUAUACAUCUGUUAAAAACACAUAAAAUGUUGUCCCAUUGAUUGCAUUUGGAUAAUUGUGAUGUAAUGGGAAGUGUUAUGUAUGUUGUUGAUUUGAGGUUUUGAAGUCUAUUGUAACGCACAGAUGGUACUUAAUUUUAAACAGAUGUGUUUCUAUGGUCUUUUUGUAAUUCAUUCUACCAUUGUUCUGACCCUAGAUGAGGUGGGCCAUUGAAUUUCAUUGUAAAGACCAUAUUUUAAGAAAAACUUUUCUCCCAUUGCAUAUUUUGAAUUCAUUAUUCAAAAACUUAAUGUCUCUCUAUUUUAAUGCCUGCAAAUUUUUUCAAAAAAAUUCCACUCGGUUUUAAUUUUAAUGUAUUUUAUGUCAGAUUUUAGUUUUAUAUAAUGAUAUGAAAUUCAGUAACGUUAUCUGUUGAAUACAUUUAAUAAAUCUUUUCUAUAAUUUGUUAUAUUUCACAUAUUUUUUCUGAUAAUUGUGAAUUUACUAUUGGGUAAAGGCCAAUAGUAAAUUUAUUAUAUUUUGCAUAGAUAAUAGAGAGAAAUACAGAUUUGGCUGAAAUAAAGUGCUUAAAUAUUCUUUUAGAAUUUCUACAGUCAAGAGUUUGAUGAAAUGAUAACAAUUAACUUAAAGUUGAUUAAUUUAAACUUUUGUUAAGUGAUAUCUAAAUUGAACAUAUGUUCUUUUUAGAAUAUCUUUGUGUUUCAAUAAUAUUUUGAUGACACAGUAAAAAAAAAAGAUUCAGAGAUACAUAUUGAUACACUUAGAUAAUGUAUUUUUUGUGGAGAUAAGAUUAUGAGCUAUAUCUUUUCAUAAAUAUUAAAUUCAUAUAAUUUUGACAACAGAUUGUAAUAUUUGUCAGUGACAUGUGCCAAUUUAUUUAAUGGCAGAUUGAAAUUUAUGUAAUGGUAGAUUUAUAUUAUUUUAUUUCAAUAAUUUUUGUAAACUGUUUUUCCAAUUAAAAUUCAAGUCUUCAGGUGGCAAAACCAGUUACUACAAUUCUUAUAUGUUCAGUUAUUUAUUUUUAAUGUAAUACAUGUUCAUGUUAAUUUGCGCAAUUUCUUAAAGUUAAAUACAUUAGUAAAAUAUUUUUUUUGGAUUCAUAUAGUAUAAUUUAUCCACAUAAAAAAUUGUUUCUCUGAGCUAAAGAUAAUUGGCUGCUUUCAAAUAGGCAAGGCAAAAUGCAUUGGAAAGACUUAUAAGACUGUUAAUUUAUAAGUGUGUAAAAUUAUUAAAAUAUGUAUUUUUUUUUCAUAUGAGUUGUCUUUGAAAUCUUUUAAAAGAAUCCAUGUCUUUUCAAUAAUUUUAUAUGCAAUGCAAGAAACUUGUUUACGCUUUCUUGUAAAUAACUGUGAAUUAUAAUUAUGUUUAUUAUUUUAGGAUCAUUCCUUUAAAAAUCAAAAUACUUUUAUUAUUUUAAAAUUAAUUUAUAAGACUAGAUUAAUUUCUUAAAUCAUUAAUAUCAAUUUGAUAUUGCAAAUCUAUAUGUGGAGAAUAUAUUCAGUAAUUUGAAUAAAAAUAUAGAUAAGGGGAAGAAAUGUGAAAUUCAUUUAAUUAUUAACAAUAAUUUUCGUUUCUCUUGACACAAGUGUGCCAAAAUCUAUGUAUUAAAUGAUUUUGAAUUUGUUCCUUAAUGUUACAAAAGCAAACACUCUACCUUUCUAUUAAUUGUAGUUUUUCAGUGUUUUUAUUCACUGGAUUAGUGUUCUAGUUUACUUUUGAAGUGAUUUGACGCACACUUUUGUUAUAUGUGAAUCUGUAUUUUAAAUGACUUAAAUGUUUACAAUGGUGUCUGGCACAAAAGUUCUUAAACUAUGUGCAGAUUGAUCCUGUAAUUUUUAUUAACUGUUAACAUCCCAAAUUUUGUGAUAUUAUGUGCAAUACUUUGUAUUAUGCAGAAAAUAAAAAUCAGGUCUGCAUCUUGAGAUCUGUGUGUGUAUUCAAUGUAUUAUUGGAUAUGGAAUAUCAAACAUGUAAUUGAACUCUUUCCUUUGAAUAUGACUUCCCCAUUACCUUGUUUUUGGUAACUCUUGAUGUAAUAUUCUGUUAAAUUAAAAUGUGUUUGCAUGCAUUUGAGAUGCAAAUAAUUCCUUGCAACAAUGUUCUAUGCUCUGGUUUAUGUUUCAAGUAUUGUUAGCUGUAUUAAGCAAAAUAUUUCUUUCUUCUUUUUUUUUAAUCUUUGAAUGGUUGGUAAAUUUUUUGAUAAUACUGAAUUAUGUUCAUGCUUCAUUUUUUUUUGUCAUUUUAAUAAAUGUAUUAAACAUGACAGUUUCUGUUAUUUUUAU